GCAACAAUGGCCACCCCAAACUACAAGGAGCUUAAGCUGCAAUCGCCAGCCGGUGCUGAACCGUUUCUGUACAAUUGGCCCUUUUCGAUUGGUACCGGGCACGAUUCGGGCAUUGAGCUAAUCGAGAAUGUGCGUUGGGUGUGCGAGGACAUGCCGGAAAUCAAAUCGGCAAUCGAGGAAAUCGAUCUUAACAAACUCGACACGGGCGAUUAUGAUGCAAUGAAGAAUCUUUGCGAUCGUUUCAACCGGGCGAUCGACAGUGUCGCGGCAUUGGAAAAGGGAACAUCCUUAUCAAAUCAACGGUUCACCUACCCUUCCCGUGGACUUCUGAAGCACAUCAUACAGCAAGUUUACAACCAGGCAGUGGUAGAACCGGAAAAACUAAACCAGUACGAACCGUUUUCACCGGAAGUGUACGGCGAAACGUCGUUUGAUCUGAUCUGCCAAAUGAUCGAUCAGGUAAAGAUCACUGCAGAUGAUGUGUUCGUCGAUCUAGGCUCGGGUGUCGGCCAGGUGGUACUACAGAUGGCCGCUUCGACACCUGUCAAGGUGUGCUUCGGUAUUGAGAAAGCGGACGUACCGUCGAAGUACGCUGAGGGUAUGAACACAACGUUCAAGCUGUGGAUGCGCUGGUUCGGCAAGAAGUACGGUGACUAUGAGCUGAUUAAAGGAGACUUUCUAGCAGACGAGCAUCGGGAGAAGAUUACAUCGGCAACGAUCGUGUUUGUGAAUAACUUCGCCUUUGGCCCUAAUGUUGAUCAUCAACUCAAGGAACGUUUUGCUGAUUUGCGGGACGGUGCACGGAUCGUUUCUUCGAAAAGUUUUUGUCCGUUAAACUUUCGCAUCACGGAUCGGAAUCUAAGUGACAUUGGUACGAUCAUGCACGUGAGCGAAAUGAGCCCACUCAGAGGUUCGGUCUCGUGGACGGGUAAACCGGUCUCAUACUAUCUGCACAUCAUCGAUCGCACGAAACUGGAGCGGUACUUUCAGCGGUUGAAAACGAAGGGUACGGAAAAUCACAACGAUGGUACAAGCGGUGGUGGUAGCGGUUCACAUUCGACACGAUCGUCGCGAUCGCGCAAGGACCAAAGCAAUCACCACCAUCCGAAACAGAUCACGAACGACGAUAGCACGUCGGAAAGCGAUACGGAUGUGGUCGGGCCGACAACGCGCAAAACGUGGUCGGACUGGAACAGCGGCAAAGAGUGUAAAACAAGUCCGUCCGAGGAGGAGAACAAUAAUUCACCGGUGCUGCGUAACGGUCGUAUACCGGUGGCCACCAAGAAGCGUCGAAAGAUUACACGCAACAAGGCUACGGGCAAGAAAACGGAACUGGCGUCCGCCGCUAGUGCGUCGGCGACCAACCGGGAAAAUAUCGGUGUUGGUUCUUCGGCGUCUGCCGCAGCAGCUGCGGCAUUGGCUGGCGGAAAGAAACGGGGCCGUGUUAAGGGAAAGGGACGGCAGCGGCGUCCACUUAACAUUGCCGGACUUGAUUUGCUGCAUAACGAAACGCUACUGAGCACAUCGGAUCAGAUGAUUGGCAAACGGUUGCCACCGGCCCCGGGAUGUGUGGAUCAGCAGCUUACCUCGCUUGCGGGCGAUAUGCAGCAUAACGAACUGGACAUUCCGGAUGCGCCUUCGGAGACACCAUACGCGCUACAAAUACUGCUCGAUCUAUUCAAGGCUCAAUUUAUGAAAACCAUCGAAGCGAUGCGCAAACCAUCGUACAAGGACAACGUUCAGCAGCAGUUCGAUCGUGAGAAGGAACGCAACCAGUGGCUAAUGAAUCGAGCUGGCCAGCUCGAGAAGCAGAUAAAGGUGCUGAUCGAUGAUAGUGUAGCUCUGCUAAAGGCACGCAUGAACGAACUCGGCAUCAGUACGACCAGCCAAAAUGAUUUGCUUUGUAAGGCGAAAGAAAUCGUUGGUCGGCAUAAAGAGCUUCAGGUGAUGGCAGCCAAGUUGCAGAAUCAAGUAAAUGUAAUCGAACAAGAGCAGAAGCGGCUAGUGAUGACACAUCUUACGAAGCUUAGCUCCGAACAGCAACAGCAGCAUCAGCAUCCACAUCAGCAGCAGCUACACCCGCAUCAGCCCUACAUUAAGAUGGAAGAUACCGAACUGACAUCGUCAAGUUCGAACGAGCUGGUACUGAAAGCGAUCGCAAGUACGCUAUCCCAACGCAAAAAACUUUACGCGCAGGUGUCGAAUUUGGAAUCAGAACUAAAUCUGAUUGAAAAACUAACUGAGGAGCGAAAAUCGAUGGUAGUUGGACUAUCGUCUACAUCGUCUGGUGGCGCCAGCAACCAGGGCGUAUCGUCCACUGGAGCGGCAUCUACCACAUCGACCAUUAUUGCUGUAGCACGAGCGACGGAAGUGCGUGACCGGGAACAGUACGUUGCUCGUGAUCGAGAACACGUGAUGCAUGUGGAUAAACAAGGGUCCGAUUCGCUCCAACGUACGAUACCACCGGUUAGUGGUGCAGGGGUAGGUUCGACAGGACCGUUGCAUCCUCCUCCUCCAACUUCAGGAGUUGGAUCUACACCUACAACCGUACCUCACACGCCCGUAAAGCAAAGUUCCGGUAGUUCGUCUCGAUCGGCACAACGAAAGUCUCGCGAGAAUCGAACGCGUUCGCAAGAGUGGCCCGAAAUACCGGACAUUGGCAAGAUCGAGGAAAACAAUCCGGAAAUUCUCGCACAAAAGAUCCUUGAAACGGGAAGGCAAAUUGAAGCAGGAAAGCUUCUUGCUGCCGGUAAACACUCUUCAAAAGAGCGUGUUACUGAGGGAAAGCAUGCAAACCCGGCAGCGGCGCAUGGUUCUGGUGCAGUACAACCGGUACCGCUCACUACCGCUCAUCAACCUUCAGCAGUUGUUGUGUCUGGUUCACCGCAAUCAUUUCCUCCUCACCAUCAACAUCCACAAUCUCAAGUAACGUUAGUUCAUCCUCAUCUGCAUCAUGCGGAUGCGGCGUUGAUGCCCGCUCCGGCUUCUACUAUUAACAAGCCACAUCAUAGUCAUCAUCGCAGCAGUAGUGGUGGUGGUGGUGGUGCUGGUGCUGGUGGACUACCAACUGCGCCCGUUGUGUCAUCCAUUCCAGCGAGCAGUGGUGGUGGACCACUUCCGAAGUGUUACGUACCUGGUCCCAUGUCCAACGAACUUCAUAGCGGAGGCGGACGAAACGCAGCGGAAGGAAGUACGGGAGGACGUGGUGGAGGUGGAAAGCUGCACGACUCGCACAAGGUAGUUAAUUUUGAGGAUCGUCUCAAGAGUAUAAUCACCUCCGUACUGCAGGGUGCUCCAAAAACGGGAAACUCGGGAUCAUCAAGCUCGGCAUCUACGUCAUCGGCGUCACCACUCGGGAAUGUACCGACGCUGUCGUCGACUUCAUCUACGAGCGCAUCUGGCCAUCAUCGCAGUGGAAGUCAUCAACCGAUCAUGGUUGAUCCUCACGGUUCACCGUUAAAAUCAGCCUCAUCAGGGUAUGGUCCGGCAACAGGCUCAUCAAAGGCGAUCGUUUAUCUGCAAUCUUCUCCGGGAGCUGUUCAAUCGCAUCACCAGCAUCAAAUGAUGACAGCGCAUGACAUGUCGGCACGCUCGUCCUCGGGUGGAAGAGGACCCAGCCCUUCGGCACAUCAUCCAUCGCAUCAACAGCAACAACAUCAAGCACAUCAUCAUCAACAGCAACAACCACCGCAGCACGUACAGGUUAGUCAGUCACAGUAUCAACAGCAGCAACAAUUGUCUCAUCAUCCUCCGCACCAAUCAUUCCAUCCUCAACAGCAAUUCCAAAUGCACCAGCAACAGCAGCAGCAUCAGGGUAUGCUAAACGUAAUCACCAGUGUCGCCGCACAUCACUUAAACACCAGUACCUCGCCCGUGCCAACGUCUCCGUACAAAAUGCAUCCCACCGGACCGCCGGCUAGUAGCAGCAAUAGCGGUGCUGGCAAUCCAUCGGCAAAGAUCUCACCAAGCUCAAAGUAUCCGUACGCGAAAGGAGGAACACCCGUAACCGGGUUGAGCCAUCACUCGCCAGGAUCGUCGUCGGCCAUGAGUACGCAUCAACAAAUUAUGCAGCAGCAGGAGCGAGAGCGUGAUCGUGCAAUGCUGUAUGCGGCUGCCGCUGCCCAUGGAGGAGGAUUGCCGAUUACCGACCAUCCUUUACAUCAUCCCUUACAUUCGCAUCAUCAUCAUCAUCGUGGCAUACCACCACCGUCGGCCAUGAGUGAUGGAAAAAUGCUCGAAUUUAAGGCACCGGAAAACUUCCGGUACGAUCCAGUACGUGCAAACAGUAGCAGUGUGCCGGGUAGUAAUGUACAACCAAUGCGCGACACGUCACCAUCGUCCGCCAUAUUACAGAGUCAUUCGCGCAGUUCAUCUACUAACUCCCUCGAUAGUAUUCCGGCAGCCGAUUAUGGACCAUCGUCGGGAGUACGUUACAGUGGCCAACAACAGCAACCAAUCCCGCUAGUGACACAUUCGCCCGGUGUGGGAUCGCAAGGAUCUUCUGGUUCCGUUCCACAGCAAGGGGGAAAUAAUUCUCGACCCGGAUCAACAUCAUCCCAACCCGAUUACACGCAAGUUUCGCCGGCAAAGAUGGCACUGCGAAGACACUUAUCGCAAGAGAAAUUAACCCAUCCAUCGGCUGGAGGAGGAGCACCGGUAGGUCCCGGUGGCUCCGGUUUGGGUACGGUGAAAACGAUCGGCGAUCUGGUGAAUGGAGAAAUUGAGCGUACGCUAGAGAUUUCGAAUCAGUCCAUCAUAAACGCGGCGAUCAACAUGUCGUCCCAUCAGCAGCAAUCAUCUGCGUCUUCAUCCGGAAACUCAUCGGGUCCUCCACCUUCCGGAGGCAAUACGGUCAUCAACACGAAUGUGCAACGACCCGAACGAGUUAGUAUCCGGUUGUUGGAAGAAGCGGGACAUCUGGCAGCAGCAGCAGGUGGUCCACCAGCGCCGGGAAAUGGCGGUGGCACGUACAGUCCCAUUUCAAGACCGGGAAGUGUGGGAGAUAAUAGCAGCAAAUCACCCGUCCACCAUUUACACGGCCAGAGCAAUUUAGCUUCGCUCGCUCAGGUAACGGGAUAUAAUCCUAAAUCGACCAACCACAAAGGAUCCAGCUCAGUGACCGUACCGAGCUCUAUCGUGUCCCCGCAUGGUACAGCGCAACGGCAACAAUACUCACCGGCACCGGGCAGUGGCAGCGUUCCAGUUGGGGCAGGUGGUCCGGUAUAUCAGCAAUCGACAACUUCCCGUGGUCAUGAGCGGCAUCAUACAGCGGGAGGUGAUCCAUUGCCAUAUAUGGCACUGCCUCGUGCGGACAUGAAACCGUACCUUGAGUCGUAUUUCACCGACGAGCACAACAAGCGUCAACAACAGCUGCAUCAGCAGCAACAGCAGCAACAGCAGCAACAGUUGCAACAUCCAGUACAGUUACCCUCACCAUCUUCAAUGGUGUCUACAGGGCUGGGUCAUCAUCAGCCACAUCAGCAGCAGCAACAACAGCACAUACAACAUCAGUCUUCGCUUGCAACGCAUCGUGGGAACCAUCCGGUGGAUUUGCACCGCGGUCCAGUGGUGAUGGGUGAACCGGGCAUGAUGUCACGGUCGCGUGGCGAAAUGAUUCCGAUGGAUGAUAGCAGAAUGGAACGGUUAAAUGGCGGACAACCGUUGGAAGGUCUUGCGGCGUCAUUGCAAGCACGCGUGAUCGCCACACUCAAGAUUAAGGAAGAGGAUGAGGAGCGUCACAGGCGCGACAUAGGAGUCCAUCACAACAGUACUUCCGGUUCGGUUCACAGUAGCAGCAAUAGUAACAGUACCAAUAGCAAUAUCCAUGCUGGAAGCCUUCAGAUAGUACAAACUGCACACAUUAAGUCUGAAAAAUACACCUCAUCAUCAUCAUCCUCAUCUACAUCGUCCUCGUCUUCGACAUCGUCGCAUCACCAUCAACAUGCGCUGAAACGUACCUCACCGAUCGUGGAACAUCCACCUGGAACUCGUCCACCAAAGAUGCUCUAUACGAGUUCGUCCUCGGUUCCGGUCGGUAUCGAUUGUCCGGAUCCGGACAUGCUGCACGUAUCACGCGGCAGUGUACCGCCCAACAGUAUCGUCGGGCAUGGCGGCCGUGGCGGUUUGCUCGUGGCACCGCCACUAGUGAUGAGCCCGGAAAUAAACUCUCUGGUCGAUGACGGUCGGCAUCAUCAUCCGCUGCACGUACGCCACAAUCACCAUUCGCGCAACGACGUUGACGAUGAUGUGGUCGGUGACGAUGAAUCGAGCUGGCACGAUCGCGUCAGUUCCGGUUUUGAUCGGCUGGUAGCGUUUGCUUCAACCGAACUCGACAAAACGCGGCGCUCGAACGAAGACGUACCACCGUCCUCGGCGAGCUGCACCACCUCACCGGACAGCGGCAUCAAUCAGAGCGAUCACAGCCGUACGUUCUUGUCGUCUUCGUCCUCAUCGUCCCAGCUGGAUGUGCCGCCGAGCAGCGCUAGUGUGGGCAGUAGCAGCAGCAGCAGUAUCAGUAGUAGCAGCAGCAGCAACAGCAGUACCAGCAGUAUCGGAAGUGUAACUGGUAGUCAUGGGCAGCACGUUGGUGGUACACACACGCCAGUGGUAGCUGUUGGUGGUUUGUCGAUGAAACACAUGGUACCGAUUAUAAAAUCAUCACCUGCCGAGCCCGUCGACAGUCCACCGUUGUCGGAUGUUGGAUUACCCAGAACACCGAGUCCUACUUCGAGUCCACCGCUUUUAUUCGGACAUCCAACGGCUAGUAGCACAAUUGCAGGUGCAGGAAAUUCGUCCAUUGUACUUCAACCAUCGCUGUUGCAUCCUCCAGGCAGUGGUACCAAUGGAGGUAAUAACGGUGUGUCAGCAGGUACAGCAGCGCCACCUGGUAUCCCGUUAAAGUAUCAGCGGCAAUCGAAAUCUUCCUCCUCCUCGUCGUCCGAGAAGCAUUACAAGAAAAAGUUCCGUGAACGAAAUUGGGAAGAAUACGAAGAAAGCUUAAGCGGUGGCCGUAACAGUGCGAUUAGCGUUGGAGAACCGAUGGAACAACAGGACUAUGCCGUUACCGCACUGACACACCGACCGGGCUCUACCAGUACCAUGCUGUCGGCGGAUGGUGGAAAUUCGAAUCCUUCAGCUUCGUCCACCACAAUGUCACUAUUGGAAGGUAACUCUCUUGCAGAUAAUGGUAACGAUGAUCAUCAACUUGCACAACAGCAGCAAAAACAUCAUCAUUCGCAGCACCAUAAUCAACAGCAAGCUGCUCAGCAACAACCGCAACAGCAUCACCAUAAACAUAAAUCGGCCAAAUUUCGACCCAAAGGCAAAGACUGGCAAAACUGGGACGACGAGCAUUCGAAUGCGUCAUCCGGAUCGGCUACGGGUUCAUCCACACGGGCGACCGGUCGAGGUAGCAGCCAAUCGAUAAACCAUUCGGCCUGA